UCUGUUAAGGUCGGUUUAAAUACUUCAUCACCGUCCGUUUCCAAAAAUACUGUCUGCCAAUAAGAACGCACCACGUGUGUACAUCUGAUGAUAAACGAUACUAAUCUCCCAAUCGCAAAAAGGAAAAAACGAGCUGUGAUGAUGACUUUGGUCGCAAGUUUAAAAAAAAAUGGAAAGGAUUACUAUUGCCCCCAAGCCAGAAUCAAAGAGGUUAUAAAUACAUGUUUCACGCAAGAGUUUUCUCCACAAGUUGCCUCCAUGGGCAAGUAUAAAGAUUGUUUGAAGACCAGAGCGAAUCUAAAGAAGCAGAAGAAACAUGUGGCUAAAGUUGAAAGAGUGACGAGAUUUACCGAUCUUCCACUAGACUUGGUUGGUGAUAAGAUACUCUCCAAGGUUCCAAUAACCUCUCUCCGAGCAGUGCGAUCCACUUGUAAGUUAUGGAACGCUUUAUCCAGAGAAUGGAUCUUGAGUAACACACCAACAUCAAAGCGGCAGUUUUCGAGUUUCAUGACGAUGGAUUACAAGGUUUAUUCAUUGAGAUUCCAUCCCCACAAAGACAAGUAUAUGGGAGUUUAUCAAUCUAGAAAGCAUAUAGAUAUACUUAAUCAAGUUGAGAUAUCCAAAGUAUUUCACUGCAACGGCUUAUUGUUAUGCGUCCUCAAGGACAACUCAGGACUCGCCGUGUGGAACCCUUAUUUGGGGCAAACAAGGUGGAUUGAACCUAGAUCAAAGUUUCACAAAUGCGACAUGUAUGCUCUCGGGUAUGACAAGAAGCGUAACCACAAAAUCUUGAGAUGUUUUGAUGAUUAUGACAUCGACAGCAGAAAACACUCUUUCAUUGUCGAAAUCUACGACUUGGGAUCUCAUUCUUGGAGGGUUCUUGACGUUACUUCGGACUGGGCAAUAGAUUUUGAUGCUAACGGAGCGUCUUUGAAAGGAAAUACUUAUUUUUUUGCACAAGAGGAAAUACCACCUUGUGGUGAUGGAAGUAUAGCGGUAUCAGACCUUGAAGAUUUUUUAAUCUGUUUUGAUUUUACAAACGAGAGAUUUGGACCGCGUUUGCCUCUUCCGUUUCACUCUAGUUUAAAAGAAGGUGUGACACUCUCUUGUUUUGGAGAAGAUCAGCUCGCGGUGCUGCAUGAACGGUUUUAUACAUUAGAGACAUUGGAGUUUUGGGUUACUACUAAGAUUGAGCCCAACGUGGUGUCUUGGAGCAAGUUUUUGAAAUUGGAUAUAACACAACAUGAUGGUUAUUUGUCUCACGUUGGGAGUUUCGUCAUUGACGAGGAGGAGAAAGUUGCAAUGGUUUUCGAUGGAGACAGAGACGACCAACCCUCAAACACACGUCGGUACCACAAGGCUUUGGCCGUUGGAGAUGGAUAUGUUGACUUUGAGAGUCUUAGAAAAUGUCCGACUGAGUCUCGUCCCCCACUGGUGUGCUCGUCUUCUUAUCUCCCAAACUUAGUGCAAAUCAACUAACUAGGGCAAAAGGAAAGAAAGAGAAGAUUUUUAAUUUCUUGGUUAGUUUUGACUCGAAUAUGUUUGGGGUGUGGAUAAAUCUAGGAGUAUUUAUAUUAUUAAAAUUGAAAUAUAUUUAAUAAUUGUUUGGAAAUAUGAAUAACAAGUAUAAUACUUGUUUGGAAACAUGGAUAGCAAUAAAAAAAAAAUAGUGUCAUUUUUGUAAUUACACUUAUAGAACUAACCUUAUUUUCAAUAGAUAAUACAUUUUUUUAUUUCCAUAUUUUCGUUCAUCUUAACUAUUUUAUUAAAUAUAUUAUUUUAACAAUACUUCACAUCAUUAAUUAUAUUAACAUAAUAAUAAUAUUGCAGAUUUUUAUUUAUUAGUUAAUCAACAUUAACUUUGUACCAAUUAAGAAUCAAAAUAUGAAAUAAUCAGAUUUUGCAUAUGGUUAAAAGUUCGAUUUAGUCUAUUUUACUAUUUUUAUCUUAAUUUCAAUCAGUAAGAAAUUACGUAGACAAACACUUAAUUAAAAACAUAGUUUAUGUGAACAAAAUAAUAACUUAAAUCAAAAUAAUAAAAAAUAUUACAUAUUGUCAAUUAAUUUUUCACACCAUAUAACUAUUUUACUAAAUAUUUUUUUUAUUUGACUUAAUUUAGCCAGACAUAGAAUUAAUUGUUCAAAAGAUCGGGUAAUAUACUUAUUUUGGUUCUUCUUAGGUUUAUAUGGUUCGGUUCUGAUGCAUAGGAACCUAAAAACAUGAAAAUAACCAGUGUAUCUGAAACGGAUUUGGAAUAUUUGUAUCACAAAAACUAUAUUACCUGAUAUUUUGAAUACAAUUAAUUAUAUAGCAAUACAUCUAAAAUAUAUAACACUAAUAAUGAAAAAUAAAUAAUUUAUAAAAAUAAAAUAACCAAUACCGGUGCGGGCACGGGUCAAGUUCUUGUUUGGUUUAAAUAUGGUUUCUCUAUUUUUAAUAUGAUUUGCCUUUGUUAGGGUUUGUUUUGGGCAGAAGUCUUAUUUAAUAACAAAACUAAUGUUUUGACCCGUGCAUGUUUUCACUUUAUAAAUUUUGAAUUUUCUUGUUGUUUAGAAUAAGUUAUAUACUUCUAUAACACUAUUUACAUAUAUUAUUCUACAUUAUUAAUAUAUAAUAUUAAUAUUUUACAUGUAAUGUAUGUAGUCAUCAGAAAUGAAUAUCGAUUUAUUUUUGUAAUAUUUAGUAUCAGAACUUUUUAAUUUAAAGUAAUUGGCUGGAACAACAUCCUCUAAAAAUGAGAAACUGAACAUAAACUUUUAUAGUUUCCAUACAUUAUUUUAUAAGUUUUGUUAAUUUUAUUUCAAAUUAUAAAUAAAACUUAUAUGUUAUCUUGAUAGCAAAAUGUGAAUGUCCUGGUUCAAUAUGGUUAUGCUUAAGCAUGUUAUCCAACCAAUUGAGUAUUGUUAGACUUUAAAUGAAAUAAAUACUAAAAUAUAAAUAAAACACAAUAUUGAUCAAGGUUUAGUUUAUAGCUAAUAAUAAAUUUGAAGGAUCUUUUCUGAUGAAAUAUUAAGUUUAUUGAUCAUCAUGAGAAAAAAAUUGUAUGUACAGAGAAUGAGUUUGUAUAAAACUACUCCAAAAAAGCUUUAAAACUACUGCAAAAAAAAAUUGAAACUAGGAAUGAGCACUAAACCAUCUCUGCAUCAGUCCAUAUAGCUUUGGCUUCAAGUGGUACUUUGUAGAAGAGAUCUUGUUCAUAAAUCUGAAGGUUUGAUUUCUUGUAAUUAUGUGGUGAUGCCCACUAUUUUUUUUUUUAGAUUAAUUUGGAGGUAUUCCGGACUUAUGGAAGGGUCCAAACUAAUCAUUAAAGGGAAGUGCAGCUAAUAGAUAGACCAUCUCUCCAAGUAUUCAAAUGGAUUGAAAGCAAUAACUCAUAUUUAUGUUAGGUAUCCAGAAAAAAUAUGACUUCGUUUCGCAUAACAGGUAGAUCAAACCUGAAACAUGUUGGCGUUCCAAAUCCUUUCCUUUACCACUUGACUAUAAGCUUCCGGACAUACUAUUUUUAUUACACGUUGGUUUAUAGCUUACCAAUAAAUCUUGAAGUUUUUGAUACCAUGAUUUCUCGUGAGGUAAAGUGAUGGUACUACAUGAUUUCGUGGUUAAUUUGUAGUUAAUAAUAAAUAGUGAUUGCCAAAACAAUAUAUGUGAUGCAAUUUUAUUGCUUUUUAUAGUUACCAAUAAUACGUGUAACAAAUUCUGGUUAGAUAGCGUGAUAUAUUUUCAUGAUUUUAUGGUUGAAUUAAUUUUGAAUAAAAUAUCAAAUUACCAUUAAUGAAGAUUUUAGGUUUAGUUAAAAUUUGAGUGGCAAUUUAUGUAAGAGUCAUUCUUGGGUUCACCCCCUAGGGUGAACCUCUAGGUUCACCAACCAAUAAGAUUUCAUUAUUUCAAAUUCGAUAUCUUUUAAAAAAAGGAAACAAAAUAUUCUCAAAUUAUAUUAUGUUUUUAAAAUAAAAAAGUAAAAAAAGAUAAUAGUUACAGAAAAAAAAAAUUAAAAAAAAAAA